GCCAUGCCCACCCUCCCUGCUGGCAGGAGCAGAGGGAAAGAAGACCCAGCCCUCCAUUCUUCUGGGGGGUGCCACAAUUGUAGGGGCCUCCUCCUAAUCACCCCCUUCUCCCUCUCGAAAGCGAGUGAUUUUAAAGGUGGCACAAGGCGUGAUCUGCUGAGGGGAAAUUCAGGCACGAGCCAGAGCAGACCCGCCCCAGCGCAGCCAGAGCGCCCCACAGGGCAGGACCCGGGCGGCAGCGCUGAAGCUCUGAGGACGAUAGAGUCCUGAAGGGGGCGAGCUCAUCAAUCGAUCAUUCGGUCAGCGUGGCUGGUUUGUGAGCCCGAGAGGGGAGUGCGAUCGAUUGAUCAGCGCUCUCCGUGAGCCUUCUUCGGGGCGUUCGCGCGCUCUGCCCUUGCCCCAGUUGACGCCAUUUUGUGCGGUGGCGGGAGAAGCGGCUGGACGAGUGUAAUGAGAAUUCAUGUCUGAUCUUGAGCAAUGCUGAAACCUACAGCAACUGUCUUUUCAUUGGAUAAUUUAUUUUUUGAAAGACCAGAUGCAAAUCAAAAAUAUUUAGAACAUGAAGAACCAAAAAAUUGGUAUCUUGCACCUGCUCCAUCUGUUACUGGAAUUCCAGCCACUCAGGAGUUACAGAAGGAAUUGGAAAAAAGUAACUGUCUAGAUGAGACAGAGAGGCAGAAGUUUGUACCACAUUUUAAGAGGGCUGUUGAAGAACCAAAUGAUGGAAAAGAAGUUAAAGUACAGUCAUUUCCUGAUGCUUCAAAGACUUUUGGCAUGGAAGGAACUGUAAAAAAAGAUUUGGUUUUUUUGAGGGCUGUUACAGAAAUCCCUGCUCAGUUUAGAAAUAUUUUCAAGGAAUUCCCAUAUUUUAACUACAUACAGUCCAAGGCUUUGGAUGAUAUUCUUUACACAGAUAGGAAUUUUGUGAUUUGUGCUCCGACUGGUUCUGGAAAAACUGUAAUGUUCGAACUAGCUAUUACAAGGUUACUAAUGGAAGUGCCGAUGCCUUGGUUAAAUAUUAAAAUUGUCUAUAUGGCUCCAAUAAAAGCUCUGUGCAGUCAGCGUUUUGAUGAUUGGAAAGAUAAAUUUGGACCUAUAGGGCUCAGCUGUAAAGAACUGACAGGAGAUACAGUGAUGGAUGAUUUAUUUGAAAUACAGCAUGCUCACAUUAUUAUGACCACACCAGAAAAAUGGGAUAGCAUGACUAGAAAAUGGAGAGACAACUCUUUAGUCCAACUGGUACGACUGUUCCUCAUUGACGAGGUACAUGUUGUGAAAGAUGAAAGCCGUGGUGCAACACUUGAGGUUGUAGUCAGUCGGAUGAAGACUAUACAGUCUUCUCUUUCACGUAUCUCAGAGAAUCCUGACAUGCUUACUCCCAUGAGAUUUGUGGCUGUUUCUGCAACAAUCCCAAAUGCUGAGGAUAUUGCAGAAUGGCUUUCAGAUGGUAUGAGACCUGCUGUAUGUCUGAAAAUAGAUGAAAGUCAUCGACCUGUGAAGCUUCGCAAAAUAGUUCUUGGAUUUCCCUGCAGUAGCAACCAAACAGAAUUCAAAUUUGACUUAACUCUUAACUACAAAAUAGCUAGUGUUAUACAAACAUACUCUGAACAAAAACCAACCCUUGUGUUUUGUGCCACAAGAAAAGGAGUACAGCAGGCUGCUUCAGUUCUUGCAAAAGAUGCUAAAUUUAUUAUGACUGUGGAACAGAAACAAAGAUUACAAAAGUGUGCAAAUUCAACAAAAGAUACCAAAGUGAGAGAUCUUUUAAUGUGUGGUGUGGCUUAUCAUCAUGCUGGUAUGGAACUAUCUGAUAGAAAAAUAAUUGAAGGAGCUUUUAUCAGGGGAGACUUACCAGUGCUUUUUACUACUAGUACCUUAGCUAUGGGAGUAAAUUUACCCGCACACCUGGUAGUUAUAAAAUCUACAAUGCACUAUGUUGGAGGAAUGUUUCAAGAAUACAGUGAAACAGAUAUUCUGCAAAUGAUUGGGAGAGCAGGGCGGCCUCAAUUUGACAUUACAGCUACAGCAGUUAUCUUGACUAGGUUAAGUACAAGAGAGAAAUAUGUACAGCUGUUAAAUGGUGCAGAUACAAUAGAAAGCAGUUUGCACAAACAUCUUGUUGAGCAUUUAAAUGCAGAAAUAGUGUUGCACACUAUCACGGAUGUGAAAAUAGCUUUGGAAUGGAUACGAUCAACUUUCCUAUACAUCAGAGUUUUGAAAAAUCCUGUUCAUUAUGGUUUUUCGCCUGGACUAGACACAGUUGGAAUUGAAGCAAAAUUACAAGAAUUGUGUUUGAAGAAUUUGAACAAUUUGUCAUCUCUUGAUUUGAUCAAGAUGGAUGAAGAAUUUAAUUUCAAACCUACAGAGACUGGGAAACUAAUGGCUUGGUACUAUAUUGCAUUUGAUACAGUGAAACAGUUUUCCACAAUUAAUGGAACAGAAACUUUAUCUGAACUGAUCACAAUGAUAUCCGGCUGCAUUGAAUUUUCAGAUGUCAAGUUAAGAAUAAAUGAGAAGAAAAUAUUGAACACUUUGAAUAAAGACAAGAACAGGAUAACUAUCAGAUUUCCAAUGGAAGGGAAGAUAAAAACAAGAGAAAUGAAAAUAAACUGUCUUAUUCAGGCUCAAUUAGGAUGCAUUCCUAUUCAAGACUUCACUUUGACACAAGAUAUAGGCAAAAUUUUCAGGCAUGGCAUAAGAGUUACUAAAUGGUUAUCUGACUUUCUGGCAUCACGUAAAAACAAUUUCCCUGCAUUAUUAAACUCUUUGAUUUUAGCUAAGUGUUUCAGGUGCAAACUGUGGGAAAACUCUCUGCAUGUAUCCAAACAGCUAGAAAAAAUUGGUGUAACACUAUCAAAUGCAAUGGUAAAUGCAGGUCUGACAUCAUUUAAAAAAAUUGAAGAUGCAAAUGCAAGGGAGCUUGAAUUGAUUUUAAACAGACAUCCUCCUUUUGGAAACCAAAUAAAAGAAUCUGUGCUACACCUGCCAAAAUAUGAACUUGACAUUGAACAGCUUACAAAAUACAGCGAUACAGUGGCUGAAAUCUUAGUGACCAUCAUAUUAACAAACUUUGAACAGCUUCAGAUUAAGAGAACUGCACCAGACUUUCACUAUGUAACCUUGAUCAUAGGAGAUGCUGAUAAUCAAGUGGUUUUUAAACAUAAAAUUAUGGAUUCUGUCUUGCUGAAAAAUGGAAAUUGGACCAAAAAAAUUGAAGUGAAAAGAGCUCUUAAAUCUGACGAACUUAGCAUAAAUUUAAUUAGCUCUGAAUAUGUUGGGGUGGAUAUUCAGCAAAACUAUUCAGCCUUUUACUUAGGACCAAAAAGGUUUGGAAAUGAAGUGGUUUUACAAAGAAAAUUAGAAGCUGAUGAAAUAGAAAAAGUCAGCAUUUCUUCUUCUUAUAUUACCUCAGGAGGUGCCUGUAACCGAGAGAUCACCUACAUGAAACUUGGGAACAGAGAAUGCAGCCAUCACUGUAAAAAUAAAGAUGUAUGUGGACAUGACUGCUGUAAAGUUGGAGUUUCACAGAAAUCUGAGUUAAAGAGAGAUUCAAAGUUUUCUUCAUACCUAGCUGAUUUAAGGAACAGAAACUCAAUUUCAUCAGUUCCCCCAGUAAAACAAUUAAAGAUGCAGAUACAGUUAAAUAAAUCUCAAAAUGUGGAUCUGAAACAAUUUGUUUUUACACCGAAAUCUUUGUUGCCAGCAUUGCCAAGGUCUGACGAUAUACAGUCUUCUGCCUCAGCUUCACGAGAACACUGGAAUAAUGUUAAUAUCCUUGGUGGACCUCAGAACCAACUUCAGUCAGAGAGUUCUGAAAAGAGUAAUUUCUCUUGGGAACAUUCUGUGACUGUAAGUGAGGAGAGCCAUCAGACGAUGACGUCAAAGAAAAAUCUUAAAGAAUCUUUAAUGCAUAAUUUUACUAAUGCAGAUAAAAGCAGCUCUUGGUUUUCAGAGGCUUUGAAUGUGAACUUUGAAUUGGGAGAUGAAGUUUGGGAUGAUUUUGAUGAUGACAAAUUAAUACAUGCUAGCAGCUUUUUCACUGGUGCGGAGAGUAGAGAAGAUUUAGGCAAAGCUAUUAUGGGUCCUCCUCACCCAGUUCCACAAGAUAAUGCUAAAGCUCAUCAAGAACUAUUGAAGAGGGUCGCCUCCAACCUGGGCUCCACAAAGGAGCUAGAGGAGCCAGCAGACACCCUGUUCAGCGUCCUUUGCUCUACGGCAUCUGCUAGGGUGGCUUUGCCCCUAUAUGAAGAGGUCACCUUCCUUGUAACGGUAACGUCAGCGAGACGAGUCUCAGAGAUUAAAGCCCUGACGUUAGAGGCCCCAUAUACGGUGUUCUACAAGGACAAGGUUCAGCUGCGACCACAUCUGACCUUUCUGCUGAAAGUGGUGUCUUCCUUCCAUGUUAACCAGGACAUCUUCCUCCUGGUAUUUUCUCCCAAGCCACACACCACUAGUGAAGAAAGGAGGCCGCAUGCCCUGUACAUCAGACGUGCCCUGGCAUUUUACCUGGAGCAUACCAAGCCUUUCCGCAAGUCGACCCUGCUCUUCAUUGUGACAGCGGACAGGAUGAAGGGCCUUACGGUGUCCUCGCAGAGGAUUUCCAACUGGGUCACCUCCUGCAUCCGGACCUGGUACGAGCUGGCACAGGUCCCACCACCGCCAAUCGUGAGGGCCCACUCGACCAGAGCUCAGGUGUCCUCGGCGGCCUUCCUGGAGCACAUUCCUAUCCAUAGUCCCUCAGGAAGAGAGUAUCCAAUUCCAGGCUCUUAUUGA